CUUCAGGUAGUCGCGCUCUCGUAUUCGUCUGCAGAAAAAUGCGCGGGUGUUGUGGUAGGCCCGUUCCCGUUUGACUUGUACAAGUGUGCAAGUGUAGUUAAUGUGCGGUCAUGUGAAAUUCGGCAAAGUGUUUUGUUCCGGGAGACGGGCGAAAUGUCUUCAAACAUUCGCACUGAGCUGUCUAAAGUUCGCGGUCUCGUCGACGACAUCGAAGGCCUCGUUUGUGACGACAGGGCGAGCUCCGAUUGUCCGACGGCCACGGAAUCCGAGCUCAAGCUCGUCGCCGAAAUGCUCUUGAAGGUCAGAGAUGAGCUCGCGAAGAAGAACAAGAAGAAAUCGGCGCCGCACCAGUCGUGCGACGGCGUGGAGGACAGCGACGGUUGGGGCAGCGACGGCGACUUCGACAAGAGCGUCGUCGCGAUGUGCGACCUGGCCGAAGGCGUCGGUCGGCGAGACCCAGCUGAUCCGGCGGGCCGCAUCGAAAACGAAGGUGCCGAGGAAGUAGAUCAGCCGGAGGAUGGAACACCCGCCGACAACUACGAUAUCGAAACUGACGACGAAUUCGAUAGCUUCUGCGAGGGCAAAGCAGCGGGUCCCUUGUUUGAAAUUACCACGGAAGAGUCCCUCAAAAACGAACCGGCGCCAUCGGAGAAGCACCUUAGCAUACUGAGGACCAAGUUUGGCCACAGUGCCUUCAGGCCGAUGCAGUGGAAGAUAGUGCGCUCCGUUCUGGAGGAGAAAAGGGACAACUGCGUUGUCAUGGCGACCGGCUACGGGAAAAGCCUGUGCUACCAAUACCCUCCCGUUUACACCGGCAAAACGGCGGUCGUUGUGUCCCCGCUGAUCUCGCUGAUGGAAGACCAAGUACGUGGUUUGGCCGCUGCGAACAUCCCGGCCUGUUUCUUGGGCUCGGCACAGAACAGGCAGUGUGAAGUCAUCAAUGACCUCUACGCUGGGGAGUACAGGGUCCUGUACAUCACCCCAGAGUUUGCCGAGACUAGCCUCGGCCUGCUGAAAACUCUCGACGAUCGAGUUGGCAUAACUCUGUUUGCGAUCGACGAAGCCCACUGCGUGUCCCAGUGGGGUCACGACUUCAGGCACUCGUACCGCCAACUUGGCAGGUUGAGAAAGAGCUUUCCGCACGUUCCAUUCCUGGCACUCACAGCCACUGCAACCCCUAGUGUUAGAGACGACAUUGUAAAAGCCCUUUCUCUCAAUGAUGUCGUUCUCACCUGUACAAGCUUUGACAGGCCCAACCUGUACUUAGACGUGAGGAGAAAAGGAAUCAUGGCCGACGACUUAAGAGGGGUCAUUCCAAACGAUGGCAGCCCUACGAUUGUCUACUGCCCCACAAAAAGCGCCACCGAAGAGGUUAACAAGUUGUUGUGCAACUUGGGCAUUCAGUGUGCUCUGUACCAUGCUGGCCUGUCACUGGGAGAGAGGAAGAAAUCCCACACGAUGUUCCUGGAGGACAGAGUUCAGGUCGUUGUGGCGACAGUUGCAUUUGGUAUGGGCAUCGACAAGCCGGACGUGCGUAGGAUCAUCCAUUAUGGCGCUCCCAGGGACAUUGAGUCCUACUACCAGGAAAUCGGCAGAGCCGGUCGCGAUGGAUUGCCCAGCACGUGUAUAGUCUUCUUCAGUAAUGGGGACCUGGUCACCAACAAAUAUUUCCUCAAGGACAUUUCCAAUCCCGUGUUCCUUCAGCACAAGACAGACAUGCUGAACAAGAUGCAGCAUUACCUGAGCAGUACCCGCUGCAGGCGAAAGUUAUUGCUGGCCCACUUUGCCGCUGCUGAGGCGGAUACAGUUGGUGGAGUGCCGCGGUGCUGCGACAACUGUACACGAAGGCUUAAGCAGGACAAGUCUAAGGACACUGGACAGGCCCAGACGAGCAAGGACAGCAAGACAAACUAUACUAAAGAAGCCCGACUUCUGUUUGAUGUCGUGAUGGGAACAAAGCAGAGGUAUGGGAUAACUGUACCCAUAGCGGUUUUACGUGGAUCAGCGUCGCAGAAGGUGCCAGAUUAUUUGCGCAAUAGCAUUUACUACGGAACUGGGAAGCACAAGACGGAAGCGUUUUGGAAAGCCUUUGCAAGGCUCUUACAGUCUGAAGGAUACCUGAUGGAAAAAGCGAUCCAUAAUGCUGGCGCACCAAAAGGUGCGGCUACACGAUUCAUUUCCUCCAUUGUCCUGACAGCAAAGGCAAAGGAGUGGAUUCGUGGCAGUGAAGAACUGUUGCUGGAGCCAACAACGGAACUGGCUGAAAUGGAAGCUCCCCGACCAAUACUCAAGCCUCAAGUGUUGCCGAAGACCGUGGCGCCUAGGCUGCCGUUGCCAACCACUGGCUUCUCGGAUAUCCUAGAGAGUCGGCACAAUGCAAAGACAGAGGACAAUGAUUCCCUCCUGGCACUGACCAGAAACGGGGAGCCAUCGGAAGACGAAAAGCUCCGCUCUGAGCUCUACACUCAGCUGGUGGAGCUUCGCAACAGAAUGGCAUCGGAGUGUGGCUACGCCCCAUACAUGGUUUUCAACAACCGUAUCCUCCUGACAAUUGUGCAGGGUUUGCCAACGUCUCUGGAGCAAUUGGCAAAAGUGGAAGGUGUCUCUGAGGCCAAACUGAACAAGUUUGGCGGACGAGUGGUUGAUCUGGUCUCCCAGUUCUGCAAGGACCGUGGUCUUCAGCCAUCUGCUAACGAGGACGAGGUUCCAGCAGACUCCUCUUCGUGUCAGAAUGAUUCCUUGAGCUACCUAAUCCAGCAGCUGAGCGACACACAACGCGUGACCUACCUCCACUAUCGGCAAAACCAGAAUGUUGCGGAUAUAGCGAGUAGUCGUGGCCUCGCUGUUUCAACGAUUAUUGGGCACCUCACUGAAGCUAUCAAGGUCGGACUACCGGUUGAUCUGGAGAGUGUGGGAGUGACGCCGGACAUCUUGGAAGCUGUCAUCAGUGCUGUGGCUGCUCUGGGCGGCGACAUUGGCCGGCUGACGCCGAUCAAGGAACUCUGCCCAGAACACGUAGAGUUCAACCACAUCAAAACAGCUUUGGCCUACCUGCAGGCUAAGUAUGGCAUCGAGAACUCCAGACUGAACCUUCCGAAGACGCUGACACCACCAGCGACUGACAGCCGGAACACCACAAGCAAGCAUUUAAAGCCGGCUGACGACAAAUGUGUCGUCACCGAAGACACUACUCUGCAGCUGAAAAGCGGGAAGCGGAGUGUCUCUACUGAACAGCUGAUGACUGUCAGUAAGAAGAUGAAGAACAGCUCGUUGUUCAGAAAGUGAACUGUUUUUCGUGCUACUACAUUCUUCUGCAGCGCAGUACUUUGCAGCCACAGUGGGCCUAUAUGACUCUGCUCCAAUGCUGUGAUAGACGACUGCCUCUACAUUUUCUCCUGUGCCAAGUGACAGUCAUUUAUAUAAGGUCCCAAACAUACUGACUCACUGUGGGCAGUGAAUUUGUGCACUAAAGUAAUGCCAGAAUGUUUGAAGGAAACUAGCUUUUGGGAUCUGAACUUCAGAACGACACAUUAUUUCAUUGUAUAGUUCAUGCUCAAGCAUUUUGAUGCUUGCGCACACAAACUUCAAUGCCUCUGUACAGUGUAGACCUCAAAUGGGUGUUCUACAGUUUACUUAAAGUAUUCCAAUUAUCAUUUCUCGAGUGAUAAACAUUUGCACAUGCAUAUCUUUUUAUAUAUAUUCUCUAAGCACCUUCUGAUAUUAUGGCUGCCAUGAAGGAAGACACUCUGAACUAGUUUUCCAUGGUGCCACCUUCAUAUAAUGUUUAGCAUGUACCGCAGUUGCAUACAGAUACUCUUUUUUUUUCAAUGAAUACAAGUUGCCAACGUUGUAUAAGUUUAUAAAUGCAGUGUUUAAGUAAAACUGCACUUUAAGAAUUUGCAUUUCUUUUGUUUGUAUAUUACCUUUGUAUUGUGAAAGUUGUGAGACCCCAUAUAUGGUUUUAUGAAUGCAGACUUCAAAUAAAGCAAAUAGCAUUUCAUGUUUA